UUCCGGGGUUGGUUUCACAGCGUAAACAAACGUGAAAUAAUGACAUUGAGAUAUAUUAAUAUGAUUUCUGUUUGUUCACGCCGGUUUCUGUACCGUAUAGGUUAGCCAACUAUUCAGUACGGGAAACACGCUAUAAAACUAAACAUGUUCAUCGGGAAGAUGAGGAUGACUCUUCCAUGUGUGCGUUUGGGUGCUCAACGCAUGAUCACAGGCCUUCAAGUCUGUGGUUAUGCAACACUCAGCAGGGCAUCCCCACCCCAGGAGAAGAGCAGCACCGGCCCAAUCUUUCAGUAUGUCGGCGAGCACAGAAAGCCAACCAGCAAAGUAUUUGUGUGGGGCUUCAGCUUCACCGGCGCGCUCGGCAUCCCUAGCUUUGUAGUGCCGGACAGUGGCAGGAAGAAGCCCCGCAAAUACCAGCUCACUCCUUACCGCCUGGAGACCGCAGACAAGAUCUCAUCCGCUGCCUGUGGUUACGGCUUCACUCUCAUUGCAUCCUCGACCAAAGAUGUGACCAAGCUGUGGGGCAUGGGCCUCAACAAGGACUCUCAGCUGGGCUUCCAGCGCACCCAACACAGCCGACAUGAGAGCUACGACUACGUCCUGGAGCCGGCCCCGGUGGCCCUGCCUCUGGCCGAGCCUCUGCAGACCCGAGUGGUGCAGGUCGCAUGUGGCCGGGCUCACUCCCUGGUCCUCACCGACAACGAAGGAGUUUUCAGCAUGGGCAACAACGCCUACGGCCAAUGUGGAAGACGUAUAGUUGAAGAUGAAGUCUACCGGGGCAGCCACAUCAUUCACAAGAUAGAAGGCUUCAGCAGCAGGGUCGUCCAGGUGGCAUGUGGGCAAGACCACAGCCUUUUCCUCACCAAGACAGGGAAAGUGUUCGCCUGUGGAUGGGGCGCUGACGGACAGACGGGUCUGGGGCACCACAACAUCAGCUCCAGCCCGGUGGAAGUGGGAGGAGAUCUGGCCGGGGUGGAGGUGCAGCAGAUCAGCACGUACGGCGACUGCAGUCUGGCCGUUUCCACGGACGGACAGCUGUACGGAUGGGGCAACUCCGAAUACCGGCAGCUGGCCGCUGUCACCGAGGCCAUGCAGAUUAACUCUCCUCGCCAUAUUCCUCUGAAGGGCUGUGGGAAGGUUGUCCAGGCAGCGUGUGGAGGCACGCAGGUGGCCGUUCUCAACGAUAAAGGCGAGGUGUUCGUAUGGGGCUAUGGGAUCCUUGGAAAAGGCCCCAAUCUGUCAGAGUCCUCGACCCCGGAGAUGAUUCCCGCCACUCUGUUCGGACGCUCCGAGUUCAACCCCACGGCAGCUGUUUCCAGGAUCCGCUGUGGCCUCAACUAUUUUGCUGCGGUGACAGAUCGAGGUGAGCUCUUCCUUUGGGGGAAGAAUGUGAGAGGUUGUUUGGGCAUCGGGAAGAGGGACGACCAGUACUUCCCAUGGAGAGUGACCGUUCCUGGUCAAGUGGUGGACGUGGCUUGUGGCGUUGACCACACGGUGGCGCUGGGGAAGUCCCUCCUGUGAGCUCCUAUCCCAUCUCCGCCCCCCACCCCCAGCAGUGGAUCAUAGGCUGGAUGUUUGGCUGAGCCCACCCCCCCCUCGCCGCCGCCGCCCCCCCGUCGCUCCUCACGGAGCCAAUCGGAGGCCGCUGCGGAGUCUUGAAACCAGCUGCUCUCUACGGGCGACGGACCCUCGUGUCCUUCGGACGUACGCUGACGUCAAGCGGAGUUCAGAGGAAAAACUGUCUCGGCUCACUCUGUGCAUGAAGGUCAAACGGGAAAGACAUCUAAGGGUGGCUUUAUUACAGCUGGAGCUGAAACGACUACUCAGUUAAUCGAUUUAUUGACCUUUGUGUCGACGGACUGAAGAGAAAAGAACUGAAUUAUUCUGCGGCUGCAGCUCCAACAAUCUGAGACUUCAACUUUUUAUUUCAAUAAAAACUGAAUAUAUUUUGCUUUUGGACAAAA